AUGGGAAGAUUCAACACCAGUUUGGGUGGGGACUUCAUUUUGGUGGGCUUCUCAGAUUGGCCUCGGCUGGAACUCAUCCUUUCUAUCUUCAUUUCAAUUUUCUACACCUUAACUCUCUUUGGCAACAUCACCAUCAUUGUUCUUUCACAACUGGACCCUCGACUACAGACACCCAUGUACUUCUUCCUCUGCCAUCUCUCCUUCCUGGAUCUCUGCUACACCACGAGCAUCGUGCCUCAGCUUCUCAUCAACCUCCACGGACACAACAGGACCAUCAGCUAUGGCGGUUGUGUGGCCCAGCUGUUCCUUUUCCUUGGCCUGGCCUCCACGGAGAGUGUGCUUUUGGUGGUGAUGGCCUUUGACCGUUACGCUGCCAUGUGCCGUCCGCUCCACUACACGACCAUCAUGCACCCCGUCCUCUGCCUGUCAUUGGCCAUUGCUUCCUGGGUGGGGGGCUUCAUGAACUCUGUGAUUCAGACAGGCCUCAUGAUGACCAUGCCACUCUGUGGCCGCCAACUGAACCACUUCUUCUGUGAGAUGCCUGUCCUCCUGAAGCUGGCUUGUGAGGACACCGGAGGAACAGAGGCCAAGAUGUUUGCGGCCCGGGUGGUGAUCUUGAUCUUUCCUGUAACGCUAAUUCUAGGCUCCUAUGUACACAUUGGCAGGGCCGUGCUGAAGUCCAAGUCCUUGGCAGGAUGCAGAAAGGCUUUGGGGACUUGCGGGUCGCACCUUGUGGUGGUUUCUCUAUUUUAUGGUGCAGGUAUCUACACAUACCUCCAGCCUCAGGGCAGCUAUUGUGAGAGCAAGGGGAAGUUUGUUGCCCUUUUCUAUACCAUCAUUACUCCCAUGCUCAAUCCUCUGAUUUAUACCCUAAGGAACAAAGAUGUGAAGGGGGUUCUGAAAAAGAUACUAGGGGGUGGAAGAGACUCAGAGUAG